AUGAGACGGAGCCCGACGAGACCCCUGAUUCUCAAAAGAAGAAAACUGCCUUUUCACCAAAAUGCGACUGAUUCACAGCCUGGAGAAUCAGGCUCCAAAGAACCGUCAAAACCAGCUGCCAUUCAGAGCUAUCCUGGUGGUAUCCGCAUCAUGGACCAUCCUUCCAAGUCUGAUACUCAGGUGGUUGUCAGUCCCGAAACAGCAGAUCUUCAAAGUGUUAUUGGGGCCCUCACAGCUAAAGGCAAUAAAUGUGAUGCCGAGGGCCCAAACAAGUUCAUUCUUCUGAGUGGAAGUGGGAGUGGCAACAAGUGGGACUAUGGACCUGAUUCUCAGUCUGCUGCUGAAGGGGCUGCUACAAGGAGUACAAAAGGACAUAAAGUCAAACCUGAAACUACACACAAUUUCCCAGGUGACAAACUUCUAACUGAAAUUAAACCAUUGAAUAAGGAUGUAAACCGCUGUCCCUUUGAUGACAGCCUUACGGACCUUCAGUGGUUGGGCAGGAUGAACACAUGCACCUUGGAGCCAAAUUCUACAAAGCAGUUCAGCAGCAAGGAGAACCAAAACCCUUUACAGACUUUUCAGGUACACAAUACACAUACCAGUGCAGAAACUCCUGAGCAACCCAUUUCAGAGAGGCCACCAUACUCCUACAUGGCCAUGAUCCAGUUUGCUAUCAAUAGCAGAAAGAACAGGAGGAUGACCCUCAAAGAGAUUUACAUGUGGAUUGAGGACAAUUUCCCUUACUAUAGAGAUGUGGGCAAACCAGGCUGGAAGAAUUCCAUCCGCCAUAACCUCUCUCUGCAUGACAUGUUCAUUCGUGAAACGUCUCCAGAUGGUAAAAUGUCUUUCUGGACUAUCCGACCUGAAGCCAAUCGAUGCCUCACACUUGAUCAUGUGUACAAGCCGGGCUGUGAUCCAAUGUCUGCCACUGUUCCUGUGCCAAUGCUUUUACUGGCUAAUCAACACCAAAAGAGGACACUUCCAGAUGCAAGAAAAACACCAACUAGCUCUGAGAGAAAGAUGAAACCUCUUCUGCCUCGAACUGAUUCCUGCUUGGUGCCCAUACAGCUCCCUGUCACUCCUUCUGUCUAUCUGUCAUCCACUUCUACUCCUUUUCCUCCGCCCUGCUCCCAGCAGAAUGGGAACAAUUCACGAGGAGCAAAGAGAGUCCGCAUAGCACCGAAAGUGACACAAAGUGAUUCCCCAGCUGUGAUGAUAUCUCCUCAGAAGAAUACGGACUUUAGGGUAGAAGUGAAGGAGGAGCUGGUAUGUGUUCCAAUUAAAUGCGAGACCCCCAAAGCUCCUCCAAAGAGACAAGCCAGCAGCUCACAGCGCAAACAACGUUUGGUUCUCUCUGUGAAUGAAGAGCCUGUUCACCUCUGCCACGAAAGUAAUUUCUUUGACUCUGGCGUAGCCUCUGAUGCUUCGACAUUCCAGGACAAUCCACAUAUUGAGCUGGAUGAAGCCAAGCAUGGGCAGGAAAGCCCAGAUAGGGAGUUUUCAUUCAAAACCCCGAUAAAAAGUAGCAGCCAUUUGACCUCAUCCACCCCCAGCAUGGCACCUUCUUAUGUUGCGUCUUUUAAAGUGACCCCGGUGGGCAAAGGAAGCCAAAAUAUUCUGGACUUCAGCCCUAGUCGUACACCAGGUGGUCCCACAGUUACUCCACAACAUGACUACACCACCUUCAGCUUCAGCAGCACUCCCUUUAAAGACUUGCCUCUGUUUAACUCCCCAAGAGAGCUGCUCACAUCUGCUCCCUCCAGAGUGAGCGGACCAGCAGAGUCGCCCACCGAACGCCCCAAAAGUAGCUGCUCCAGAGAGCUUCUGCAGGGAGGCAGUUCCACACCAGCCAGUCGCUCAAUCACAGAGGGCCUCGUCUUGGAUACCACGAACGACAGCCUGAGCAAGAUAUUUGUGGAUGUUAGCUUCUCUGGUCUGGAUCAUGACGACUUUGGUAUGGCGAACAUCAGCUGGUCUGAGUUCAUCCCUCAGUUGAAGUAG